AUCUUAUUCUGGAUCCAACUUACGAAAGGUCUCAUGGUAGUUGCCUCCCAGAAACAUGAUCUGGAGGAGAUGGGCAUAUGUAAAUGAGAAAUAGCCUCAAAGAUGGCAGUAUCAUCCACUGGAAAACAAAAUGAUAGGAACCUCGAGAAGUUACUAAGAGCAGGGGUGUGGGAGAGUGCUUACAGAAUGAAAGAUUACAUCUUUAUCAGCUUUUUA